UCUCUCUCUCUCUCUCUCUCUUUCUCUUUCCUUUUCCCUCUCCCCCUCCUUCCGCCCCCCCCUCCGCGCGACCCCCCCCACACGUGGAGAUGGGUCCCUCCUCCCCCCCAGCCCGGGGCGCGGAGGCGUCCCUCUGGCCGACCGGUCGGCCACUCCCCUCCUUCCGCCUGUCCUUCCUGGCGGUGGUCUUCGGCUUGCUGAUGACCAAGGUGGUCUUCUCAACCGACGCCGAGGGGCUGACACUUCGCUCUGGGGUCACUCUGCUCUUGCGCGCAUCCUUCGAGGCUCUCUUCGCCCUGGUGGCCCUGUCCUCGGUGGUGGCCCUAUCCUCGGUGGUGAACCCGGUAUCCCUGCCUGGCCAGCCGGCUGCCACCGAGACUGCCUCCAAGACAAUCCCGACGACGGAGCCCGCUGCGGCACACUGUCCAGAAGGUCCCCCCUCAGCGGUCAUGGAUGUUGCUUGUCCCACCGAAAGGAGCGCCUCCCUGCAGGCAUCCCCCUCGCCGCGGUCAACCCCCCUGCACGGGUCGGCGCCGGAUUCGGAACCCCCUCCCCCUGCGUCGGCUGCAGUUCCGCCUACCGCUGCGGCAGUUUGCUCCAAUGCCCGAGUCGAUGAGGUGAUCUUGGCUGCGCCCACCGUGCCCGAUGCCGGUGGUAUGCUUGACCCGGCCAAUGCUCCGACUGCUGGUGCUUCCACGAUAGACCCCGGCGCCGGAGGCAUCACAGCCGCACUCCUUGCCGCCGGUGCCACCGCCACCGGCCCUGAGCCAGCCUACUCCCUGCAGGACAAUGCCGGGCUCCUGCCGCUGUUGGCCGCCAACGACGUGCGCCUGGCGCUGUCAUCCCUGCCUCGAGGCGAGCACCUCAAGCGCAUGCUCAACAGCCGGAGUCGGCCUCACCUGCGCACGUAUGUGCUGCAAGUCCACCUCCCGCUGUCAAUCCCGACCAGCAUCCCGGGCGGUCUCCGGCCCGGUCUUGCCACGGCUUCCGAGCAUGCGGCCCACUUUUCCUCAAAGAGCGUCUCCAACGGCCUGACGGGGCUCCCCCGGCGGUGGGCCGUCGAGCGCAGCAUGACCGACUUCCUGGUCCUCUCCCGACAGCUCCGUACCCUGGCCUACCCGGAUGCCCUGGUGCGUCUGGGCCGGACCCGGGCCCCGGUUUCGAGUGCCGAGGCGCCGGUCAUCCCACCGCCGGCUUCCUGGUAUGCGGCCUCCUCGGCCACCAUCGCCCCGGCUGGGUCUCGUCUGGCCGGGCACAUCAGUGCCUUUGCCGCGGCGGCCUUCGCCAAGACCCCGCGCACUGAGGCCGGGCCCGACUCGACCAGCGAGCCGCCCGGCUCCGAGGGCGACAGCUCCACGGAGGGCACGCGCGGCGGUGUGGGCGCCGAUGCCCUCCUCCGCCAUCCCUGGCUUGUGCAUUUGGACCUGGACCGGUUGAGUGGUCUUGUGCAGUCUGGUGCUCGCCAGGGGAGCUUCAGCCAGCAUCGCACUGGCGGCUGGGUCGACGAUGCCCCCGGCGCGCCGGAGGCCAUCGCCGACACUUCCGGUGAUGAGACGGCCCCGGUGUCACCGGUCGCAUUGGCAGCCGGCGACACCGGCCCCGAGCCGCCGGUUCCUGACUCGGCCCUCCCUCGGUCGAGCACGGCCAUUGCCCCGGCCACUUCGGAGCUGGACCUCCUGCAAAAUGCCAUGUCACUACACACAACCACUUCGGCCCAGCCGGCGUCCGGUGAUGGCCGGUCCACGGGCACGCUUCCAGCUCGGUCUGGCCAGCGCCUGCUCUCGGAUGACACCGCCCUCCCGGGACUGGCACAUGAUCGCGAGGCAUGCGAGCUGCAGAUCAUCCUCGAGCGCUUCCUGGUCGCCGCCAUGUCUGAUCCAAACAUCCGCGACUCGCCAGCCGCGGCACGGGCGCUUUGGCGAUUCCUCCGGCCACGGUCGAUGGACUUGGAGCCGACCAACUCCACUCUGGCCGCGCCGAUGACAUACCUGGCUCCAUCGGGGUCCGUGCUCCUGGCCAAUCCCCUGCCAGCACGCACGCUGUUCAGCUCCUUCGCGGCGGAUGGCGUAUCAGAGCUCUUUGUCCCGGUGGCGGCCAUCGGCAGCAUUUGUCCCACUGCUUUGUCUGGCAGCCCAGCGACCGAGAUGUCCUCCUCCUCCUCCUCCUCGGGAUCGCCCAUGCCAGUGGCUCUCAAUUCAGACCCCCUGUUGGAAGGUGUCGGUCCGCUUCGCAUGGCAGACUCGACCUCCAACGGCGAGGCAACGCCCCUUCCAGGCAGCGAGAAGCCUGUCCGCGUCAAUGGCAGCUACGCUUCCGACCCACAGGAGUUGGAGGCGCCGAAUUUCAUGCCGGCCAUGGGGAUCAUGUCGAUCCCGGCAUCUGGACGUGCCUCACCGGAAGGGGGGCCCUCGCGACGGGAGUCCACGAGCCUUGGGCCCAGUGCGGAGGCCCGGCGCUCGGUCGGCGAGGUGGUCGGUGUGCAUGGCGUCGAUGACAUCGGCCGGGCGGCCUUGUCGGUUGGCUUGGCGUGCGACUUCACGCGCGACUCUUCCCCCUCCUCCUCCUCCUCCUCCUCAUCGGGUGGGUCCUCCUCCGCCGAUCGCAUGGUGGCCGUGCGCUUCCACGUGCCAACGGGAUCGUUGGCCGAUUGCAUUGAUGCGAACCUCUGCCGGCCAGUGUCCACCCUUCUUGAUGGCCACACUUAUCACCUGUCAGCGCGGUACUGGGCCGCCCUGCCGAAGCAGCCUGCCGAUGGGGCGGUCCUCCUGCGGCAUGUGCAUGAUGGUGUUCUGCAGAUGGCCUCCUUCUCGCCGCGCGUGUGGACCGACAUCCGUAUGCAGAUCGCCUCGGACAUGUACCCCGGCACUCUGAAUCUCUGGUUCCGUGAUCACCGGGGCAUUCAGCCGGUCUCUGGCCGGCCUUCUGCUACGUCGCUGCCGCGCCUCUCCAUCCUCCAAAGUGGCCCACAGCAUGUCCCGCCCAAUGUUCGCAUCGAUCUCCGCGCGAUCCACUCGAUGCGCAUCCUCUCCAGUGCCGUGUCACAGCCCGACCUCACCCCUAGCUGGUCACACACCGGCGGGCCGAUCCCCAGCAGCCCCUCGCUACCUGAUGGGCUGGCCAGUCGCUUCACCCCGCCGCCGGAUUCUCAUGUCCUGGCCAUCACAUACUUUGCCGGGGGACCAGCCGAGCUGGGGUGCCUGGCGCUCGGUCACCAUCGGACCACGCCGGUGCGUCACCUGCGCACGGUGCACCUCCUGGACCGGGAUCUCUUCUUGCUGGUGUCCUGGAUGCAUUCCAUCUGGUCGGCGGCCCUGGCGCAUUGUUUGGCCGGGCGCCUGCCUCUGUGCGCGCUGCCGGUGCUGGGCGGCCUGGACGCCACGCCGGCCUUCACCGAUGGCCCCAGCAGCGACUUGGCCCCGGAGUCGGUCACCUGCUGCGAGGUGGUCUUCCACACGUCCGAGGUGUCCGGUCGGCGGGACCGUUGGGCCAACUCCCUGCCGCCCGUGCCGCGGUUGCUGAGCUCCACGCCGCUGGAUGGUCCGCUGGUGUUGAACAAUCGCCUGUGCUUUGACAGCCGAGAAGUGGCGGCUGGCGUGGCCCCUGGCCCGGCUCCCGGGCCGGACCCUCUCAAUCCGGCCACCCGCUCCCCCGGAGAGGAGUACCUUCGGCAGCACGAUCCCCGGACAUUGGGGUUGGUCAUGGUGCGCUUCUCGGCUGGGCUGCUGCGUGCGGCCCAGACCGCCUGGCGGUAUGCCCUCGUGGCACGGACCCUGCCCGGGCUGGAGCCCCAGCCGGACGCCCCGGCCCCAAGCAUGGCACCCAGUACGGCGGCCGUGGCCGCGGCACACCGGGCCCUCCGUGCUCUGGAGUAUUUGGCGGCUCAACUCCAACGCCUGCCGGUGGAUCGCCUCUGCCUGAAUGGCCUGGUGGAUGGGUUCAACACCAUUGGCACGGCCUCGCUGGACACGGUGUUCAGUGUGCUGGCCGCUGACAAUGCCCUGAAGCAGGCUUUCCUGAGCAAUGUCUACUCGGCGAUGUCCCUGCACGCGGGACUCGUGCUGAGUCUGUCCAGGGAUGCGGCAGUCUAUGACCCGCAGCUGGAGGCCAUAUCGGCCGGAGUGGUGUCUCCGGCGCCGGCUCCGGCGCCGGGCAAUUCCGGCGGUCUGUUGUCUUCACUGGGCAGCUUGCUGUCCUUUGGCCAGGCGCCCCCGGGCAAGGCGUCGCCCGGGGAGCCCUCCUCCCAGCGGUAUUACUUCCAAAACAUCAUGUAUGACAUCGGGGGACACCUGCUCAGCCAGGCCGACCUGCUGCUCCUGCUGCGGACCAAUGCCCCGGCAGGGGUUCUCCCGGCAUCGGGGCAGCUGCAACGCGAGUGCCCGCUGCUGGGGGUGUCACCGCGGCCCUUCGAGCGUGCGGACCCGCGUAAUCGGGCCCUCGCGCCGCUGAUCCCUCCCCGGUCCACCGGACUGCGGCCCAAUUUCGCCCAGUCGCGCUCAUCUUCGGAGCUGGCGCGUGAGCUGGCCUCCUUCGAUCCCCGGGCCACCUGGUUCCUGGCCGCCGGCAUGGCCUGUGGCUCGCGCCACUCGUGGGUCCUAGAUUGUCCGGCUACCGAGCCGGCCCGGCUGCCGACCCUCCUGCCAGCCGAGCCGCUGGGCGAUGCGGAGGUGGCCCUGGCUCAGGGCAUUCGCCGGGACUCGCGUGUGCUCGGCUCCAUCCAGGGGAUCCUGGAUCAUGCAGCUCGGCAUGCGGCGCAAGACCUGUGCCUCUUCGUGCUGGACAAGAAGCCCGUUCGUCUGGAUGUAUCGCCACUGUUGGCCUGGUUCUCGCAUGACUUCCCGGGGAAGUUUGGCCUUGUCCGCGCACUGCUCUCGCAUCAGAAUCCCACAAUCGCCUCGCAGGUGGCCAUGGUCCUUUCGGCGCUCGACCCGCAGGCUUCAGCCGGUCAGCCACUUGCCCAGCCAAAUGAGCCGUCCCCGUCGAUCGCCCUGCGCCUGAGUGACUCGGCUCUCGGGGUUUUGCACAUCCAGACCCGCCAGCCGCCGCCGGCUUUGAGCGCGCGUGAUGCCGAAUUUCUGGCCCAAUUGGGGGCCGCUCCCCGGGUGGGGCGCUUUGCCCCGGCCGCCCUGCUGCGCUUCCCCUUCCUGGAGGACGACCGCAGCGGCGGAUCAACCUACCAGCUGGAGGGCGACCGACGCGUGGGCGACCCCCGGCGGCGCUCCGUCGGGGCAUCCUUCCCGGUUGACAGCUCGCACUGCCUUGUGGUGUUGGAUGAGGGAAGCGUGUCGGCUCUUGAGCGACAUCUGCGCCUCUGCCGCAUCUUCUCUUCUUGAGGGAAAAAAAAAGGGGGACCAGCGGGUUUCCCGUCACAUUUGUCCUCCCCCCCCCCGCCCUUUCGCCGUUCCGUCCCUCUAGCCGCCCUUGUUUUCAUUUCUUGCCGUUUCCGCUGCCCCCCCCCCCCCUUCCCCAUGUGAACGCUCUUGACCAGGGCGCCUCUGCCUUAGCAGGGGGAUCCCUGUGUCGGAGAUAUAGAGCAUUCCGUGGAAAUAUACUUCCCUUUGAAUGCAUGCGCGCGAUCCACCCUUGUGCAUGGAAAAAAUAAUUAUAAUAAUAGACACAUCUACAUACGA